ACAAGCCAACACACAAGCGUGGUAGCCUUUUAAACCAGUUAAUGUUCUGUUUUUUUACUGCCUCAUGCUGAUGAUUGCUGUGAACAUGUCAAGUCUCUUUCGCUAUCAGUUAGUUAUCAGGUUAACCCAUGACCACAUUAAGUGGCAUUGACCGUACUAUGAAAUGGAUCGGGAGCCAAGUGUUAAAAGAGGUUUAAGUUCAGGUCAUUUUGUUUCAGUAACAAAAAUCAGCAACAGGGUCGAACAGAAUUUUAAUACAUUUCAGCUACAGUCAGAGAGAACAAUUCCACCUGCGUGACCUGAUAGAUCUUCAGUGUACUUAAUCAGAACAAUCCACCAUGGAUACUUCGCUAUGUCUCAUCUUCUCUUUGCUUGGCCUGGCCGUGGUGGGAGGGGUGAAGAACUGCCAUCCACUAUGUCGAUGUGAGGUGGAGAGCUUUGGUCUUUUUGACAGUUUCAGCCUCACCAAGGUGGACUGUAGUGGGAUCGGCCCUGGAACUGCUCCAGUCCCCAUCCCUCUGGACACUUCCCAUCUUGACCUCUCCUUGAAUUCUUUCGCCUCCAUCACUGACUCAAUGCUCGCUGGCCCAGGUUACACCACAUUGAUCAGUCUGGACAUAAGCAACAAUCUCAUUUCUCAAGUAAGUCCCAAAGCAUUCUCCAAGCUUCGCUACCUGGAGACGUUGGACUUGAGCAACAAUGCUCUUGAGAGUCUCACCGAUGGCUGCUUUAACGGUCUCCCUCUGGUUGAGGUGGACCUUAGUGAAAACCGAUUCAAAGAGUUCAGUCUGGAUCUCUUUACUACCAGGGUACAGGAUAUACCAAUCAUGGUGGACCUGUCCAAAAACCUUCUAGCCUCUAUUUCCAGGAGAACACCUGGCCAUCCUCUGUACAUAAAGAGUCUUAUGUUAGCAGGGAAUAGAUUGAAGAUGGUGCCAACGCUUGGUGGAAUUCCUCUUCAGUAUCUCAACCUGGAUGGAAAUCUCAUCUCCAACAUUGACACAGGGGCCUUUGAUUCAAUGACAGAACUUAUUUACCUGUCUCUCAGUGGCCUACCUGAGCUGACAAUGAUACAAUCUGGUGGUUUCAGGGGCCUGAGGAAUCUUCAAGUCUUAGACCUAUCAAACAACAGCCAACUCAAGACUUUGAAUCGAGAUGUAUUUGGCGGACUCGUCUCUUUACAAGAGCUUAAUUUGUCCAGUACUACUGUCACACCAUUGUCGCGGACUGUCUUUACCCUAAUGCCGAGUAUAAAAAGUAUAAUUCUGGGGCCAAAUGUAAAUUGCUGGAAGACGCAAAAGCAAGGACAGUUUCAUAGACAGAUAGGACAGGCCAAACCCAAUGAUAUACUCACCUGUGAUGUUGCAGGUAUGAUCUUAUGAUCCUGAAAUGCCAAGAAAGACAUGAUAUAUGAGUAUUUGUCCAUCUCUGUGCCUUAUUCCACAAAAUAUUUUUUUUUAAAAUUCCACAUUGCAUUUUAUUUGCACAUACUAUGCCUAUACCUAAGGUCCUUUACUUUACAUGUGUUCAUUGCAUUCCCACACGCAUUGUACAUUGUGUGGACCCAUGCACUUUAGUUCACACAGUUCUGUUCUUCUCAUAUUUAAUAUGUUACCUUAGAUUUUUUUUGUGAUGUCAGGUCAGAUAUGAUGUGUUGUCAGACUGGAUCAAGUUGACUAUAUUCAUUCUUUAAGACAUUUUGUACAAACCAAAGUAACAGGUAAAGUCUGUGCCUUACAAUCUGUUCAAUAAGGUAACCGAUCUGGAACAGGACACAUCUAAUAAGACUUAAGUUUUGAGGCCCCUCAUUAACUUAAAUGACCAUAAAAGCUUUUUAGGUUACAGUUACAGUAUGUUUGAUCUCAUUUUCAGAAACUUGAUUACGGAAUUAUUUACAAUGGGCCUUCAUUACUGAUGGCAAUACUGUCUAGAGUAUUUUUGUUAUUUGUUUUUAAUUGGCCAAUUUAAAAUGGACAUUUACUUUUUUUAUAGAAGCCCUUUGAAUGAAUUACAAUAUGUGACAUUUUGGAAUUUAAAAAAUGAUUUUUGCACAGUAAUGAAAUUUGUUAGAUCAGAAGUGAAGCAUUUUGCUAUUAAACCAUAAAACAUAAUUUACAAAAUGCACAUCACUAAUCAUUUUAUACAUCUAUAAUUUGGAGGCAUGUCUGUCACCGAUGUUUACAUGUCAUUGCUCUGAAAUGUUGCACUUUUAAUGUUCUCAUGAGGUUAAUUGAGAUUUUAAUGGAUUGAUAGCAUGAUAGUUGUCCAUCAUGUUAGGAAUAUUUUAUAUUUGUAUACUCUGUUAAUAAAUGAUAAUCGACUUAUAUCAGUAUUGUUGUACUUCCAAAGCUUUACAAGUUCUUUAUUGAAUAGUUCACCCUAAAAUUAAAAUUGUCACCAUUUACUUACCCUCUUGUCAUUUAAAAACCCACAUUGUUAUUUUUUCAUGUUCAUCACACAUACUGUAUGGCUUUAGUGUACUUGUGAUAUAGCACACAAGUUGUAUUGACUACAUUUAUGAAACCUCUAUGGUGCUUUUUGUCAUUUUUGGAGCUCAACCGCCUGCAUUUAGUUGUACUUUCAAUACAUGGAAAAAUAUACAUCUUUUGAACAUCAUGAGAGUGAGCAAAUUACAGAAUUUUAUUUUUGUGAACCAUUCCUUUUAAGCCUGUGCAAACCUGUUAACGUGCACCCGUUUUGAGCACAAGCCUAAAACAACAAACUGAAGUUACAAUGGCUGACGUUCAUCCCCACAUUGUAUUGUAGACAUCAUUUUGGUCUUUUUGAAAGGAGAUACUUGGAAGUUUGUUGUUAUGAAGUAGAAAUCAAUAAAA